UAAGUUAUAUAAAAUAAAGUAUGAGUGAAUUAAACAAUGGGUUAAGUGUAUGUGAGUGAAUGAAGAGAACAGUUAGCAAAAUGAAAAGGCGGAAAAAAGACAGUAAAGUCCGGGUUAGGUUCAAUAUUACAAAUGUGACCGGCAUGAACCGUGGCUCCAGGGAGGAGUUGCUGGGCAGCUCCCAGGAGGCGCUGCGGAACAGCCAGCACGACCUGCGGCAGGUGUACGAGCGACCCCUCACCAAGGAGGAGAAGACCUUCCUUCUGCACGCUGAUAGAGGAGACUAUGUUACUGUUAAGAGGUUAAUAGACCAGUACAUAUCUCAGCCAGAAGUGUUGGACAUCAACUGCGUGGAUCCUCUGAACAGGUCAGCGCUCAUAGCUGCCAUCGAGAAUGAGAACAUUGAACUCAUCAAACUACUGCUCAUCUCAGGAAUCAAAGUCAAGGACGCUCUUCUACACGCUAUCAAGGAGGAGUAUGUAGAAGCUGUGGAGUUACUGCUGCAGUGGGAAGAAGACAAUCAUGUUCCGGGGGAGCCAUACAGCUGGGAGUCCGUAGAUCCAUCAUCAGCGACCUUCACUCCGGACAUCACGCCUCUGAUCCUGGCUGCCCACAGGAACCACUACGAGAUCCUGAAGAUCUUGCUGGACAGAGGAGCCACGCUGCCGGUGCCACACGACGUCAAAUGCGGUUGUGACGAAUGUGUUAAGUCUUCUCAAGAGGAUUCCCUCCGUCACUCUCAAGCCCGCAUCAACGCGUACAGGGCACUCUCAUCUCCCUCUCUGAUCGCCCUCUCUUCUGCCGACCCUCUAUUAACAGCUUUCCAGCUGUCUUGGGAACUGGGUAGACUGAGCAGAAUGGAGACAGAGUUUAGAGUGGAGUAUAAGGCUCUUCGCCAACAAUGCCAAGAGUUCGCCACCUCGCUGCUGGAUCACACGAGAACAUCUAAAGAACUGGAGAUCAUGCUGAACUACAACCCCUGGGACAUCGACUGCUGGGAGCCGGGAGAGAGACAGACCCUCGGUAGACUGAAGCUGGCUAUCAAGUAUAAGCAGAAAAUGUUCGUAGCACAUCCGAACGUCCAGCAAUUACUAGGAGCUAUAUGGUAUGAAGGUCUACCAGGGUUCAAGAGAAAAAACAUCGUCGGACAAUGCAUACAGGUGGCAAAACUGGGUGUAAUGUUUCCAGUAUACUGUACUAUCUACAUGUUGGCACCAAACUCAGAGUACGGCCGGUUCAUGAAGAAACCGUUCGUCAAGUUUAUUUGUCACAGUUCUUCUUAUAUGCUGUUUUUGACUCUCCUAUCCUUAGCAUCUCAACGAGCAGACUACCUAGUACUGGAGUGGUCUGGAAUAACCUGGCUGCAAGAGUUGGUGGACCACUGGAAGGAGAGGGAGCGAGGGUCCCUGCCCAGCAUCAUAGAAUUCAGCGUCAUCAUCUACAUAGCAAGUUUGAUCUGGGCAGAAAUAAGAUCGCUGUGGACUGGUGGCAUCACGGAGUACAUCAGUGACCUAUGGAACAUUGUGGACUUCAUCACAAACGCUUUCUACAUCGCCUGGAUCAGCUUGCGGUUCUCAUCUUGGUAUAUCGUCCAGCGAGACUACAACUCGGGAACAGAUCCCUGGUACCCUCGAGAGAAAUGGGACUCCUAUGACCCCAUGCUGCUCUCAGAGGGGGCGUUCGCAGCCGGCAUGAUAUUCUCUUUCCUGAAGCUGGUGCACAUCUUCUCCAUCAACCCUUACCUUGGGCCCCUGCAGGUCUCCCUAGGACGAAUGAUCCUGGACAUCUUGAAAUUCUUCUUCGUGUAUAUGCUGGUGUUAUUCGCUUUUGGAUGUGGUCUGAACCAACUUAUGUGGUACUACGCCGAGCUAGAGAAGAAUAAAUGCUACCACCUACCGAAUGGGACCCCUGACUUCGACGGUCAAGAACGAGCCUGCACGAUUUGGAGACGAUAUGCUAAUCUAUUCGAAACCUCUCAAUCUCUGUUCUGGGCAUCGUUCGGUCUGGUGGACCUGACCACCUUCGAGCUGACAGGCAUCAAGAGCUUCACCAGGUUCUGGGCACUCCUGACCUUCGGGUCAUACUCCGUGAUCAACAUCAUCGUACUGCUGAACAUGCUGAUUGCCAUGAUGUCCAACUCCUAUCAGAUUAUUUCGGAACGAUCGGACACUGAGUGGAAAUUUGCCCGAAGCAACCUGUGGAUGUCUUACUUUGAGGACGGAGACACAGUGCCUCCCCCCUUCAAUAUCAUCCCUACGCCCAAACACUUCAUGUGCUGGAUCAAGCGAUGCUGUGCCAACAGGGAUCGGGGGUCGAUUAUCAACAAAUCCCGCGAAAAAGCCCGUCAAGAACACGAAGCUGUGAUGAGGGUCCUGGUCCGAAGAUACGUGACAGCUGAACAGCGAGCCAGAGAUGAGACUGGAGUCACCGAGGAUGACGUCAUGGAGAUCAGACAGGACAUCUCCACAUUACGAUACGAGCUGAUAGACAUCCUCCAUAAUAAUGGGAUGAAAACACCAAGGAUUAGUAUGCAAGACGCCACUGGUAAGGUUGCUGGCAAGAAGGGCAAAGUGAUGGAGAGGAGAAUCCUGAAAGACUUCCACAUCGGUAUAGUGGAAGGCAUCAUCAAGGACGUUAUAUCCAAAGAGAACAAACCUAAGGAUGUGUUCAGCCAAAUUGCUAAGGCUAUCGUUAGGAGAGGAAGCACAGAGGGCAAAAAGCGUGAUUGGAACGCCUUGGUCCGUACGAACACUGUCCGCAAGGAUCCUAUAGGCACCACCGCUGAGGCACAGACCAGGACCAGGAGUCGCCAGUCCCUCAGACUGCACAUCCUGGACAACAUCUCCUCUAGAACUAUCGAUCCGCAGAAACUAUUAGAAUUCAAUCCACAGCUGGCAGCAGUAUCACCUUGCACGAGAGUAGCCUAUGCCAAGUUCAUGAGGAGCAAGAUCAAGUCAGAUUUCACUGAGCGAGAGAAGAAGUCCAGAAGGUCUUCUGAUUUCAGUCUAGAAGACGAAGUCUUUGAUGCACCUAAGAAGAAAGAGGGUUGUAAGAGAUGCAGUACUCGAUCAUUCCGUAGUAGGACACCGAUACCUGAAACUUCAGACGACGAGGGGCUGAACGAAACUGAAAUACAAGUGGAGGCCGAUGUUGAGGAUAAAGCUUCAGAAGGAGGCUCAGAACAGACACGUCCUCUGAAAUCCUCAUCACAGGAGCCAUCAGAGCCGAGCACACCAGCCUUUGACCCAGUCGACGGCAGCCGGCUACCACCACCGACAGAAUUCCAAUCCACAGACCACAUCAUCACCAUAGAACCAGACACUCCAACGAAGACCCUUUACAUCACACAAGAAGAGGACUCCAACCUUCAGAAACCCAUCACUCCUACUCCUAGCGUCCAUUCCCAGUCUGAACAAAUUCUAUCUGCUUCAAGUCUGGAGUCUCAAUACAAGAAGAUGACUUCAGAUCCUCCCAGUGUGACGAUCACUCCUGAUCCUAGUGAACCUGAGAGGUCUCCUCGAAGGUCCAGCACUCCAAGGUCUGCACGAGUCAGUCCCAGUCCAUCACCAUCACCGUCUACCUCUCCCGCUCCGUCUCCUUAUGGAAGAGGUAGAGGCAAGUCAAAAGCCACAGGGAAAGUAGUGUCUGGCUGGCUUUGAGCUGAAUGUAGACCUUCAGCUGUUCUUGUUAUUUUAGGGAUUUAUAAGAGAUUUUGUUCUAGUCAACUGAUACAGGGGUUCCCAACUCGAGGUGUGCGAUGAAAUUGACGGUAAUGGUUUUUGUAUGGGCGUUCUAUGGUUAAAAAAGGUUGGGAGCCUCUGGUAAAGUGUUGCCUUAAAAUCGACAUAUUAGUGAGAUAUGCUGUUGUAGCAAUAACUAGAUUUUAUCGAUAUAUUGUCUUCUAACUUAGAAUUUUCUGGGCCACGUUUUCUUGAUAGAAAACAUUUCAUGGUGUCUAGUAUUUUAAUGUAAGAAAUCAUAUCAUUUUACGUUUUAUAACAGCAACUAUAAAAAGUGAAAUAAAUAAACCUGCCACCAGUAGGCUGAGCGACGUCGCCGCGUCUGCGCAUGCUACUGUGACUUGAAACUAGUAGAGCUUUUCUCUAUUAACCUAAGUAAACCGUGAUUUUUACUAAAAUAAGCCUCUAUUCAAAAUGAAAGUGCCUUUUAAACUAAAAAGUUAAAAACAAGUGCCUAUCUUCUACCUUUUUUAAUAGAAUGCGUGGCCUAGAAAUACUAGUAGAUCUAAUUAUAAUGGACAUGCAGUAACGAAUUACUAGAAACUAAACUAUUUAGAGCCAUAUUUUCGAAACAUUUAAAUAUAUUUUGUUGUAGUUGUAUUGGUAAUUGAGGAGCUUUUAUAGAUUUUAUGAAUCAUGAUAGUAAGCACUUAUCGCCAAUUUCUGUAACUCAUGGGAACCUAUCAAAUGACAAUGCCAGAAUCUCUAUAGAGUUUUCAAAAAAAUUUAUUGUACAGGCAUGCCAAAUGUAGCAUUCUAUUGCUGCUCUAUUAGUGAUAACUAAAAACAUGAUUAAAAGCCUUUAGAGCUUGCGGUUUUUAUAUUAAUCUAAGAACAAAAUAUUACAUUUAGGUUAGGUACCAGUUUAGAUUAAUUGCAGUUAUAGUGGUAGAAAUAAUUAAAUUAAGUACUUUAGGGUGUUUAGCUUUGAAAGGCAGGAAUGUCAUCACCAAUAUCACCUUUAGUAAUCCUACUUUUAAUUCAUAGUCAUAACGAAACAACAAUGUAAACAGAACAGACAGAGCGAAUGUCAAAUAAUGACUUUUUGGACAUAACUGACACACGCACGCCAAUGACGUUUCGUUACAUCUAAUCACUAACAUUCAAACACGAAAUAAUAAUUAGAAUAUGCAUUUAUUGUAAUAUAUAUAUUAUAAAAAAAUUAAUUAACUAACAGUAUGUAUUUAUACCAAAUUCAUAUUAAAAUCCGUACACAUUACAUUAAUAAAUCUUUUUUUUAUUGAAUGACUCUUUGUGUUCCUUGUGCAAGCGUACUAAGAAACGCAGAUGGUCGCGAUAAAUACAGGAAAUAGGUCUUGAGUUUAUUAAAUUCUUUUUAUUUCCUAAUUUUUAUCCGCAACUUUAUCAGAAUAAUAAUUAAGUAACCAAGGGUCUUAUUUUCAUUGCAAUAAUAUUGAUUAAUUUACAUUUCUUGUACUUUGAUGAAAUUUAGUGGGGCAGGAUCUGGCAUUGUCAUUUACAUCGACGUCUUAUCUACAUCCUUAUAAUAAUGCAUUGAACAUUUUUGAGAAAAUCCAAACUAUAUCCAUUUGUAUUGUCAUGUAAACCAUAUUGAGUUUCGUAUUUUUCUCCCAUUCUUUUAUGUUUUACUUCACUGUCUUAAAUAUAAAUGCGAUAGUUUGUGAGUUUAUGUGUUUUGUGUGUAUGUUUGUUACACAAUCACGUCAAAAUGGUUUAAGAAGAUCGGAAUGAAAUUUGGAACAGGGGUAGAUUACGGUCUGGAUACUUUUUAUCCCACUGGAAUGUAGGCAAAGCCGCUGGCAGAAGCUAAGCUAAGUUUUUUAAUUUACUACUCCACGAAAUUCUUAUGUUUAUUAAUAAAACUCUUUCCUUCUUCGUAAGGCCAUUGGAACACGCAAGCCUAACUUUUUUUUCGAAUUUCCUUUCUCAUUUCACUCCAUUCAAUACAAAAUAGUCUUAAUUACGUACAGAAUAAGACACAAAACGUAAUAAGCACACGACAAUGACAAUGCCGUAUGAGUCCAAUACAGUGUAGGUAGUAUGUUGAAUAUGUUGAUAUAGUAGUAAGGUAUGUUUAAUUAAGAAAAUAAAACCUAUGGUUUA